UUAAAAGGCGCGCGGGCCGGGCCGGCUGCACUUGCGUAGCACCCGGGCUGAGUGCGGCCGCGACGGGGCGGGCGGGCUCUCGGGCGCUAAGAGCUGGCCUUGGGUCCUCGGAGCCUGGCGCUCGAACCUCCCUUCGGACCUCGACCCGGACCCAGACCCCGACCCGGCCUGGCCCGGCCCCCGCCCCCGCCCCCCAGGCCGAUGGACUACUCCUACCUCAAUUCGUACGACUCGUGCGUGGCGGCCAUGGAGGCGUCCGCCUACGGCGACUUUGGCGCCUGCAGCCAGCCCGGCGGCUUCCAAUACAGCCCCUUGCGGCCCGCCUUCCCCGCGGCAGGGCCGCCCUGCCCCGCGCUCGGCUCCUCCAACUGCGCGCUUGGCGCCCUACGCGACCACCAGCCCGCGCCCUACUCGGCAGUGCCCUACAAGUUCUUCCCAGAGCCGUCCGGCCUGCACGAGAAGCGCAAGCAGCGGCGCAUCCGCACCACGUUCACCAGCGCACAGCUCAAGGAGCUGGAGCGCGUCUUCGCUGAGACCCACUACCCCGACAUUUACACGCGUGAGGAGCUGGCUCUCAAGAUCGACCUCACUGAGGCUCGCGUGCAGGUCUGGUUCCAGAACCGCCGGGCCAAGUUCCGCAAACAGGAGCGCGCAGCCAGCGCCAAGGGGGCGGCGGGCGCGUCGGGCGCCAAAAAGGGCGAGGCGCGCUGCUCCUCCGAGGACGACGACUCCAAGGAGUCCACAUGCAGCCCCACGCCGGAUAGCACUGCAUCGCUGCCGCCGCCGCCUGCGCCCGGCCUGGCCAGCCCGCGCCUGAGCCCCAGCCCACUGCCCGUCGCACUGGGCUCUGGGCCGGGACCCGGGCCAGGGCCACAGCCGCUCAAGGGCGCACUGUGGGCAGGUGUGGCGGGCGGUGGGGGCGGCGGUCCCGGCGCAGGCGCGGCCGAACUGCUUAAGGCUUGGCAGCCGGCCGAGUCCGGCCCCGGGCCCUUCUCCGGGGUUCUGUCCUCCUUUCACCGGAAGCCCGGCCCCGCCCUGAAGACCAAUCUGUUCUAGCUGCCAGCCUCUGGAGGCUCCGAGCCUGCCCCCAGAGACGUCCCUGCCCCUCCAGGACCUGACAGUCCCUCCCAUCCUGGCCACCCAACUGGAAGUCCCCAUCCGUCUCCACUCCCUACUGUCUCACCCCUGGGUGUGUCCUCCCUAACUUUGGAGACCAAGUCAGGGCCACUCUCGUCCUCACCCCCACUCUCUACCAGCAGAGCGGAAUUCUUUUCACAGGGACCCCCUCCAGGAGAACCCCGGAGCCCCUUCUAGCUUGGCCUUCUUUGGAUGCGGUACCACAUGAGGCCUGUCCCUAACAUAGUGCCCUCAAAGUGAAGGUCCUCAAGGAGGAGCGGCACAGCCCCCUUCCCUGGCUCUGCAGUGGCUGGGUCACUUAUGCUGGUGACCAGGAAAGUCUGCUGCCCCACCCCUUGGGCCCACCCGCCUUAACCCCACCCAUACAGAGGCUGGUGGUUGCGGGAUAAUCAGUGGCCACUGCCAAUGUGUCCCUCACGUGUCUCCUCUCUUCCCUAGCCCGUCUGGCACAGAGGGUGGACCUGUUGGAGGAGUGGAGGGGCUGCCCAGGGAAUGGGACAGAGGUAUUCCCUUUCCCUAAAUUUUUUGGUUGUCCUUUUUCUUUGAAAAACUUGUAAUUUAUUGAAGUUUUACUCAAUCCAAAUAAAACUUAAUUUAUUGAAGACAUCACGCCGCAACCCUUCCCACUGCCCAGGAGACUGCCUGCAAGACCUUGUCCGGGGCUGAGACCUGCGAGGAACCUCCCUCCCCAAGCCCGCCGCCAGGCAUCCGCAGCGCAGGGCAGCACGGACAAGGAGACAGAACUAAGCAAACUGGCACUUUAUGGCUGAGAUCCUGCCCCACCCCAACCAACCCCAA